AUGAUAAUGAGCAACCAAACUGUCAUCUCCAAGUUUCUCCUCCUGGGCCUACCUAUUCCCCCAGAGCACCAACACCUGUUCUAUGCCCUGUUCCUGGCCAUGUACCUCACCACCGUCCUGGGGAACCUCAUCAUCAUCAUCCUCAUUCUACUGGAUUCCCAUCUCCACACUCCCAUGUACUUGUUUCUCAGCAAUUUAUCCUUCUCUGACCUCUGCUUCUCCUCUGUCACAAUGCCCAAAUUGCUGCAGAACAUGCAGAGUCAGGACCCAUCCAUCUCCUAUGUGGGUUGUCUGACACAAAUGUACUUUUUAAUGGUUUUUGCAGACAUGGAGAACUUCCUUAUUCUGGUCAUGGCCUAUGACCGCUAUGUAGCCAUCUGUUACCCCCUUCAUUACAUCAGCAUCAUGAACCCCAAGCUCUGUGUGUGUCUGCUAGUGCUGACCUGGGUAUUUACCAUGCUUUAUUCCCUGUUACACACUCUACUCUUGGCUAGAUUGUCAUUCUGUGGGGACAACGUGAUACCCCACUUCUUCUGUGACAUAUCUGCCUUGUUCAAGUUGGCCUGCUCUGACACAUAUAUUAAUGAACUAUUGAUAAUUGUCUUGGGAGGGCUCAUUAUUGGCAUCCCGUUCUUACUCAUUGUUGUGUCCUAUGUACGAAUUGUUGGCUCUAUCCUAAAGGUUUCAUCUGCUCGGGUUAUCCACAAGAUCUUCUCCACCUGUGGCUCCCACCUCUCUGUGGUUUCACUGUUCUAUGGGACAAUUAUUGGGCUAUACUUAUGUCCAACAGGUAAUAACUCUACUGUGAAGGAGACUGCCAUGGCCAUGAUGUAUACAGUGGUGGCUCCCAUGCUGAAUCCCUUCAUCUACAGCCUGAGGAACAGAGAUAUGAAAGAUGCCCUGAGAAGGGUCCUUUGCAAGAAGAAAAUCUCUUUAUAA